UUCUUCACCGACCUGUGGACCUCCGUCUUCACCCCCGGCCCAACACCCACCCUCCUUAUCGCCACCAACGCCACCUUCGCCGCGCUGCAGCUCGUCCUCCUCGCCCUGCUGGUAGCCACGUACAGCGUGCACUUUGUCAUUCUCAGCUUCCUUUGCGCGGGGCUUUGGUGGAGUAUCAACUGGUUUGCGGCGGAGGUGCUGCGGGCGCAGGCGGAAGGGGAG